UCGCAUCGAAGUGACGUGACUACACAUCGGUGGUCGUUUUAAUUCUGUAUAAUUCAAUUCUUGGCCAUCCGUGCAAGUGACCAUGCCAAGACCUUCGCGCGAGUCUUAUGGUGAUCAGAAACCGCCGUAUUCUUACAUUUCUUUAACUGCGAUGGCGAUUUGGAGCUCGCCAGAAAGAAUGUUGCCGCUGUCCGAGAUAUACCGGUUCAUUAUGGAUCGUUUUCCGUAUUAUAGAAGAAAUACACAGAGAUGGCAGAACUCAUUGAGGCAUAAUCUAUCCUUCAACGAUUGUUUUGUGAAAGUGCCCAGGCGUCCAGACCGACCUGGAAAAGGUGCUUAUUGGACUCUACAUCCACAAGCGUUUGAUAUGUUCGAGAACGGUUCUCUGCUGCGCCGUCGGAAGCGAUUCAAGUUGCAGAAAGGUGAAAAGGAUAACCUUAAUGCAGAAUUGGCAGCACUGGCGAGUUUUAAUAGAGCAUUUUUGGCACGUCAAGGGAAUACUGCGCCACCGACGGCGAUGGGCAGUGCUAGCUUAUACACUCCUCCGAUGUGUUCACAAAUGAGUCCGGAACCGGCGGAGCUGCCUGAUGUAUCGCCGGUGACAGUUCUGCCUCAACGUCCACGCCGAGCAUUCACUAUAGACGCACUCCUAGAGCCGGAGCCACCGCGGUUGUCACCUUCGCCACCACAACCGAUGCUGGGCAUGCAAGUGCUGUCUCCUCUUCCACGGUUGGAGCUGCCCAUUCCCUCUCCGUACAUGCUAGCGGCGCACAGAUAUCAGGCCGAGCUCCUGCAGGCUGCGGCCCAUGCUCUUCGCCCGUGCUACUUCCCUCCACAACCGCUUCCAGUUGCGUGACAUCAGAUGGAGUUUGUGAACUGUUUUAACCCGUGCAAUGAUAGAUUGUAAGUACCAAUGACUCAGGUUAAACGUGAUUGUAGUAUUUUGUUAUGUAUUUAUAACUGAUGUUGCAGAAAAUAAUCUUGGUUUUUUCCUACGACAGUUAAAACUCAACUACUUAGAAAACCGUAAAUAGGCAUGACAUUCAAGCUCCCGACGAUUUCAGAGCGCCUAAUUUUUUUUAUUAAUAUAACAAUUUUGUUUCAAUUGCCCUGAUCUCAUAAUGGAUUUUAAACUUAUGAUGUGUAGUCAAGUAGGACACAAGUUUUAGCUUAAUAGAAACUAAUACCUGUGUAAAUACUCUUAAUAGUUAGGUUUAGUUUAAGAUGUUGAUAAAUGUAGCUUAUAAUUGUUAUUUAUUUUCCUCUAAUAGCUGUUAUUUUGAAUGAUCGUUGUAAAUAUAAUU